AGAUAUAUUUAAAUAUUACUUGUGUUGAAUAUUUAUCUAGAAAGAGUUUGCAAGCCGUCAUUGUGUCUUGUACCUUGAUUCCCAAGAUCAUAUCCCUAAUUUUGUGUAUACACCAUAAGGGAAUCAGAGAGAGUAAAAAACCUCCAAUCUAUACAGUAUGCAGGCCAUAAACGCAGUACAUGUGAUACGAAUGGUGACGAGUACCAUUAGCAAUUCGUUGUUAGCAGCAGAGAUUGAAUUCGGAUCUAGGAUGUUCUACGUUUACUUUGGCAUCUCGUGUUUUCUAGUUAUCUUUGCCGGAAUCAUGUCCGGCCUUACCUCAGGAUUGAUGUCUGUUGGUGUCGUCGAGCUUGAAAUCCUCCAGCGCAGUGGCACUCCGAUCGAGAAAAAACAAGCAGCUAUCAUUUUUCCAGUGGUUCAGAAAGAGCACCAACUUCUUGUAACGUUGCUUUUAUGCAAUGCAGCUUCCAUGGAGGCGCUGCCAAUAUAUUUGGACAAGAUUUUCAAUCAAGUUGUUGCAAUAGUUCUUUCGGUAACUUUUGUCUUGUUUUUUGGUGAGGUGAUUCCACAAGCAGUGUGUACCAGAUAUAGAUACGGCUUGGCUAUAGGUUCUAGUUUUAUUUGGCUUGUGCGUAUUUUGAUGAUAAUUUGCUAUCCUAUUGCUUACCCUAUAAGCAAGAUUCUUGAUUUUGUAUUGGGUCAUAAUGAUGCUUUGUUUAGAAGAUCUCACUUGAAAGCCCUUGUUUCCAUCCACGCCCAGGAGGCAGGUAAAGGAGGUGAACUCACACAUGAUGAGACCACAAUUAUCAGUGGAGCACUUGAUUUAACUGAAAAGACUGUAGAGCAGGCUAUGACACCAAUCGAAUCAACUUUUUCCUUGGAUGUGAAUUCAAACUUAGAUUUGGAAGCAAUGAAAAAGAUUCUUGCAAAAGGUCAUAGUAGAGUUCCUGUAUACUCUGGAAACCCAAGAAAUGUUAUUGGGCUUCUAUUGGUUAAAAGUCUUCUUACUAUUCAAGCAGAAACUGAGACUCCAGUAAGUGCGGUUUCCCUUAGAAGAAUUCCAAGGUUUCCAUCUGACAUGCCACUAUAUGACAUAUUGAAUGAGUUCCAAAAGGGAGGUAGUCAUAUGGCAACUGUUGUUAAAACUAAAGGGAAAAACCAAAAACAUGUGACACUUGAAGACGAAUCAAAAAAGAAUGACAAUGUAACAACUGAUGUGGAACCAAGAGUUUUUGUUGAGGAAGGGGAUACUUCAAUAAGUGGAGUGCCUUAUUUAACUGAGGACACUGACGAAGGUGAAGUGAUUGGUAUAAUCACUUUAGAAGAUGUAUUCGAGGAACUUCUUCAGGAGGAGAUUGUAGAUGAGACUGAUGAAUUUGUUGAUGUGCAUAAAGGGAUACGUGUAGCAGCAGCUGCGGCUGCUUCAAAUGUAACAUGCACUGCAACAUUUCGGAGAUCAUCUACUAUUGCUGGAACCCAAAAUAAGCAAGGGAAAACUCCAAGGACCCCCAGUGAGGGUGAUUCAACUUCAUCAAAGUUUGAACGAGCUCUCGUGGAGCCUUUGCUUGAAAAAGAGACAUAAAAUGGCCAAUUUCUCAACCCUCUUAACAAACAGUUCUAGUGUGUGUGUGGAAGUAUUUAUUUAUAGGCUUAAUGUUACUGUUGCCCAACCAAAUAUUUGUUGUUGUCUGUUUUCGUGUGUGUGUGUGUAUGUAUUCUUUGGC